AUGCGAACCACCACCACCCUCCACACCGCCCCAUCCACUUCACCCCAACCCCGCCAACCCUACUGUAAACCCGGCCUCCGCGGCGUCCUCUCCUCCCGCUACAUCACCCUCUGCGCCAUCUUCGCAGCCAUGGGCGGUCUCCUCUUCGGCUACGACCAAGGCGUCAUCUCCAUAAUUCUCGUCGAACCACAAUUCCUCUCCCGCUUCCCCCAAAUCUCCUCUUCCUCCUCCUCCUCCUCCGGAUUCUGGAAAGGUCUCCUCACAGCCAUGAUCGAACUCGGCGCCCUCAUCGGCGCCUUCAACCAAUCCUGGAUCGCAGAAAAAUACUCCCGAAAAUACUCCAUUGUCGUGGCUGUUGUAAUUUUCACCGUGGGAUCAAUUUUACAAACUGCAGCGCAAGAUUAUGUUAUGUUGGUGAUUGCGAGAUUGAUUGGGGGGUUGGGAAUUGGAAUGUUAUCCAUGGUCACACCAUUAUACAUUUCUGAGAUUUCUCCUCCGGAAAUUCGAGGCGCGUUGUUGGUUUUGGAGGAAUUGAGUAUUGUUUCGGGGAUUGUUGUGGCGUUUUGGAUUUCGUAUGGGACGUAUUAUAUGAAAGAAACCGAGUGGGCGUGGAGAUUACCGUUUGUGUUGCAGAUUCUGCCGGGGUUGGUUUUGGGUAUGGGGAUUUUGUUUUUGCCUUUUAGUCCGAGAUGGUUGGCUUCGAAAGGGAGAGAUGAGGAGGCUUUGGCGAAUUUGGCCAAUUUGAGACAGUUGCCGAGGAGCGAUGAGAGGGUGCUGAUGGAGUGGUUUGAAAUUCGGGCAGAGGUGGCUUUGCAUCGGGAGAUUCUUGCGGAGAGACAUCCUGACCUUCAGGAUCGCUCGAGAAGGAGUCGUGUGAAAUUGGAGAUUGCUUCUUGGGGAGAUUUGUUCAAAAAGGGAUGUUUGAAACGAACACAUGUCGGAGUAGGAAUCAUGUUCUUUCAACAAUUCGUCGGCAUCAACGCCCUAAUCUACUACAGCCCGACCCUCUUCCAAACAAUGGGCCUAACCCUCCCCCUCCAACUCCUCAUGUCCGGAAUCCUCAACAUCACCCAACUCCUCGGCGUCCUCACCUCCCUCUGGACCAUGGACAAACUCGGCCGAAGACCCCUCCUCCUGGUGGGAAGCGCUCUCAUGUUUCUCUCCCACCUCAUCAUCACCAUCCUCGUAGCCCUCUACUCCUCCGAUUGGACCUCUCAUCGUCUGCAAGGCUGGGCAUCUGUUGCGAUGUUACUUUUCUACAUGCUUGCCUUUGGAGCCACGUGGGGUCCUGUGCCGUGGGCUUUGCCCGCGGAAGUUUUUCCUACUUCGUUGAGGGCUAAGGGUGUGGCGUUGUCGACUUGUAGUAAUUGGGGGAAUAAUUUUAUUAUAGGUCUCAUCACUCCCCCUUUAAUCCAACACACGGGCUACGGAGCCUACAUUUUCUUCGCCAUUUUCUGCGCUGCAAGUUUUGUUUGGACAUGGUUAUUUGUUCCCGAAACCAAGGGCAAAACUUUGGAGGAAAUGGAUCGGGUUUUUGGGGAUGAAGGAUGGACGCAAGGUGGAUAG